GGAAUUGAACCGCUUGUUGAUAACCUUAAAGAUAAUAAAAUAUAGAUCACGACACUGAUAUCUAUAUCUGUCAGAGGCAGAUUUCUACUGGAGCCUCUUCAAAGUUAUUGGUCUUUAGACGCGACGGUUAUAUCUUGUGUAGUUGGGCGCCAAACCCAGCCUUGUUUGUUAACCCCACCACACCAUCGCAAUGGUUUGUUUUCAUGAUACACCAUCGUCGCCACCGUUUCGACAAGCUUGCGGCACAUAUCGGUAAGCGGAUCUAUGAGGUCUCGCGAGUAUCAUGGGCCUCAGGGAUAAGUUAGAACGAGCAAAGGACGCUUUUCGGGGUGAUCCUACGUGUAAUCCUCAUCGAGCAGGUGUUGUUCAACAGCUGGCACAAUGUAGCAUUGCACCUUCGACUGCUGCCGCCAUUAAUCUACAGGGCCGAACUAGCAAUUCAGCUAAUAUGACUACGGGAUCCAAAUAUCGAAGCGCUCCGGCAUUUCCGAGGAGCAUCCCAACUGACCACACUGAAUUUCGGGGAACCGUACAAACCGGCGAGUGGAAGGACCUUUGGCUAAAAGCAUUUGACACAUUGAAAGUACAGGAGCCAGAAUUGAUGGAAGAUUACACUCGAAUCCUUCUCCAUGAAGUAAAUACAACGCCCGGUGAGAGCACUAGACGGAAUGCGCCAAUUUCGAACGAUACAUUAGUACAGUUAACGAAGAAAAAGCUGGAAGGAUUUAUAAUUCCCUCUAGUCGAUCUGAGGAUAAGAUUGAAAAGGUUGUUAGAGUGCUGAUACUAGCAAAGAAUUUUAUUGGGUGUACCCUUCAGAGCGAACCACAUGCUGCUAUAGCUUGGGCUGGCGUUUCCAUGUUUCUCCCUCUUUUGAUCAAUCCUGUUACAGAGAAAGCGGGCUGUCGUGAAGGACUAGAAAAGAUCCCACCACUCAUAGAUCGAUAUACCCUCCUCGAAAGCUCUAUCUGGGACCCAACCAGUACUGAUGAAGAUACGAGCAGUAAAGUCAAGCUGCAGCUAAGGAGAGGUAUAGUUCUACUGUACACGCGAAUCUUACUUUAUGAAGCUCAAGUAGUUGUCCAGUUUUGCGGAAAGUUUGCAAUUAGAUAUCUUCGAGACGCCUUUAAACUUAACGAUUGGAAGAACAUGUUCAAGGAAAUCAACAAGCUCGACCUUCAAUGUGAAGCCCUGGUCCAUGCCAUUGAUCGCGAUAUACACCGGAAAGCGAUCGAAAAACAACACACCCUUCUACAGAAGGUCUGGAAUGAAUUUAACACCUCGCAAAAGGUCAAAGAUUUUCAGGCAUGCUUUCAGUCUUUUCGGACUGGGAAUCCCUAUGAACUGCAGAAAGAUCAAAACCCUUCUCGCAUUCCAGGAACGUGCAAUUGGGUGCUUGAACAUCCUACAUUCAUAGAUUGGAAGGAAGGAAAUGGGCCGGGUGUUCUUUGGAUUUCGGCAGACCCAGGCUAUGGCAAGAGUGUCCUUUCGAGAGCGCUCGUUGAUGAAAAACUUGUUGCAACAGACCAAACCACGGACAUCUGUUACUUCUUCUUCAAGGAUAUCUCAAAAGAGCAACGCAGCCUUACGAAAGCUCUUGCUGCCCUACUGCAUCAAAUAUUCUCAUCACAAGAACAUCUUCUGAUACAUGCAGAGUCUAGUUGGGCAAAGAACAAUAUUGGAAUCGCCAAUUCCGCGCAUGAAAUGUGGGAUGUCAUGGAGAAAAUAGCUAUGGACACAAAUGCAAAGGAUAUAAUUUGUGUACUGGAUGCUUUGGACGAGUGCGAGUCUUCCGAACGAAAGUACUUCCUUAAGCAACUACAAAAAAUGUAUAAGGCUACAGCCCAGGAUGUGGUCGCUCAGUCAUCUAGCUUCAGUCUCUCCACUGACUCACUUGAAUCAUAUGUUACUACCAAUUCGAAGACUUGGGCGAUCAAUAAUAACUCACCCACAUUGAAGGUGAAAUUUCUUAUCACUAGCAGGCCUUACUAUGAGAUUGAAGAGCAAUUCGAAAGUCUCACAAAUACAUUUUCAGGAAUUCGCUUGGCGGGUGAGGACACUGCGGCAACAAUAAGACAGGAAAUCAAUCUUGUUAUUGAUGCUGAAGUGGAUAAGCUUGAGCUUCCCCCGAAAGCGGACACUUGGCUCCGCUCCCGACUAAAAGAUAUAGAACAUCGAACCUAUCUCUGGCUAUAUCUAAUUAUGGACACGAUACGCCAUCGGGCCAUAGCUAGUAGACAGGAAAAGACCUUCAAAAGAAUACUAAAUGCUGAAUUACCUUCUACGAUUGAUGAGGCCUAUGAAGCAAUUUUGCGCAAGAGUCCAGAUAAGCAAGAAGCUACCAAAGUACUUCAUAUUGUGGUGGGAGCCGAGCGACCUUUAUCCCUAGACGAGCUUAAUAUUGCUAUCAAUAUAGACAAUUGCUACGACGGAUCUCAAUCUUUCGAAGAUAUUGAGCUCGAAGAUCCCAAGAUAUUCGCCAUCAGGAUUAGAGGUCUUUGUGGUCUUUUUAUUUCCAUAUCGAAUUCGAGAGUAUAUCUCAUUCACCAGACCGCAAAAGAGUUUCUUAGGUCAAAAGACUCAAGCCCUGCAUCAACAGGCUGGAAACACAGCUUGGGCCGGAUUGAUUCACACUCUAUCUUAGCUGAGAUUUGUGUCUCCUACCUCUUUUUAAGAAUGUUCUCAGAAGACGACACUAAAGAUCAGUGCUUUAUAACAUCGCCCGAAGGCCAGCGACACAUCUCAAAUGAACGCCGAUUCAAGUUUCUCAAAUACGCAUCAGAUUACUGGAUGAAACAUUGGGAAACAUCUCCUGAUAUUAAAAUUCCAACCAUAAUCGAAUUAUGCUCACCAUCAAUUCGGCGUUCAAUCUGGCUUCGGGCUUGUUUAGGAGGGAAACACCCCCCAAAACAUCUCCGGGGUAUCGCUUAUACCAUUUUGGAAGUACUGAAAGUAGACGAUCUUGAAGAAGUAAAUGUCAUGCCGACGCUUAUGGUCACAUCAUGUCUUGGCCUUCUUGAUGUUUCUGAAGCUCUUCUGGCCACCCCAUCGUCAUAUUAUGAAUUGAAUCAAUUGUGGAAAAAAGAAACCGCAUUGUCUUUGGCAAUACGUAAGGGAGAUUAUAAAAUGAUUGAACUCCUAAUAUCCGCUGUUGACAAAACAGGUGGCAACUGUUCUGACGACAAUGCCCGAAAAGUCUUAGAAGUCGCACUCGAGCAUAAGGAUAGCGACAUUCUGGGCCUCCUGUUGAGUAACGAAGCUAAAACACACGCCGCCUUGAUUAUGGCCUUAAAAGACUAUUUUCUCCACUGGAGAUCUCGGCAUUUCGACUUGAUAUUGGUGCACAAUGGUCCCCUUACGCCCAUUUUGAGAGUCCGACUUCUCAAAGUUGCAAUGUCAAACAGUAAUGCCGAAAAUGGAAUACGAGCUGUCAAAUUUGUGCUUGCAUGUCCUUAUGCGCAGAGUAUGGACGAAACAUUGCAAGAGCCCUUAUAUUUGUCGCUGACGACACAAGUUCUCAAUUUCGGUAUCUGCUCAUUAAUCAUAAACGAUCCGGCAAUAUAUAAUAUUGAUAAAUGCUGGGAACUUAAUGAUCGUGCUGGCAGUAGUCAGUCAGUAGUUCAUUAUGUCACUAGCCGUUUUUGCUCCCGCAGGCUUGAGUUCCGUCAGUACCCAAACGAAGUGAUGCUUCUGAAGAUUCUAGGGGCUCGCGGCGCAUCUUUCGAUAGAUAUUAUAACGGCUUGACAUUUUUGUACGCAGCUCGUUAUAGCCGAGUUGAUUAUUUUGAGAGUUUUAUCCAAGGUGAUCCUAAAUUGGCAAAGGUCUAUAUCAAUGGAGAUGGAUUUAAUGAGACGCCUAUGGAACUUGCAGCCACCAAUCUUAAUUUUGAUAUGAUCAGGUGUCUUUUAAAGCACGGUGCAAAUAUCAAUCGAAGCUUCAGCUUUAGAAUACCUAACUCUGAAGAAGAUUAUUUUUCGGCUAUUUUGACUGCAAUUGAAAAUGGAAAUGUUGACAGGAUUUCUAAAAUCAAGAUCAAAGGAGGAUUACUUGGUACCCUGUCAACUCAGCAAGUUCAGAAGCUCAUUGAUUUUGGUUUUGAUAUCAAUAUGAAAAUCAGGGGCCAAAACCUCCUUUCACAUGCGGCAUCAUGCGGGAAUGUCAAUCGAGUCCAAUGGCUAAUUGACAAAGGAGCUGAUGUUGAUGGCCGAUUUUCGAAUGAGCGAUUGAUUCUUUCAGCACCGUUAAUGGAGACAAUUUGGGGAUGCAAAAAUACUGUAGUUGCAUUAGUCAUUGUCAAGAUUCUUCUGAAUAAUGGUGCAAACGUUGAUGGGCCUAGGUAUUACAGAGUACACAAUGGUCCCAUUGUGGCAUCUUCCUCCCACCUUGCUAUUAUGAAAGAUAAUAUUGGUAUCUUGCAAGCUUUACUUGAGCACGAUGCCGAUGUGAACUUCCGAGGAAAUAACCAUGGAGCCCUGCUCAAAGAAGCAGCUGUCAACGGCCAGGUGCAUGUUAUCAAACUUCUCGUAUCUCAUGGAGCAGAUGUUAAUGCAAUAGGAAAAGGCACCCCGAUUUUACAUGAAGCCAUAUUCAAUAGACAAAUAGAGGCCGUGGUCGUCUUGCUUGAUCUCGGCGCUUACAUAAACAUUACUGACUAUAUCCGAGGCACACCUUUACAGCUUGCAAAAGAUAUGCAUUAUGCAGAAAUGGUAUCUCUACUGCAGAGACGUGGAGCAUUAUAAAUCUGAAAUUCUUAAUUACUGGGGAUUUCGAACUCACAUUAUCAAGCUCAUCAUAACGCGUCAACAAAUUGGUUGGUUUUUUCAAGAGAAAUUAUUGAAAUGCCUGACCCGCAAACACCCUCACGCCUUCAGAUUGUAGGUCUUCAGAGCCGGAUCACUUGAAACUUUUUUUUUACCACUGGGCAGGAGCUGGCAUCUUUCUGAGAGGUGAAGAAAUGGACGAUCUUCAGUUCAAGUUACCGCCCGAUCUCGAAGAUCAAAAACAAAUGGAGAAGCAGAGCGAUCAUGUAGAAAAUGGAGACGUCGACUAGCCUCACUAACCUUGAUGACUCAAGCAUAAUCUGGAUGCUACGUAUAGCUUUCAUAGCCCAAGUGUGAGUUAUCCGCCUUUACUGGGACUGAACAACAACACGAAUAAUUGGAAGCUCCAUACAAAAUUUCCCUUCGAGCACAUACAAUCGGAGGCAAGAUAGGAGUGCAUUCAAAUAAUCUAGCAUUCGGACCAAAAUUAUGAGUAUUACUUCCCAUAAUCACGCGAUAUUUUCUCGUCCGGUCGGGUGGAACUCGCUCAGCGGCUGCCAUUGAAUCCACUACGAAUUUCCAAGUCACCACAAACACCUGGCUCACAUUACCUAUUUCUCCUCUCAACCAAACAAUUGUAUUUUUCAUCAACUAUGUUGUCUCAAAUCUCAUUUCACAAAUUGGGCUCUUAUUCGAUAUGACUUUCACGAUUACUCAAGGGACUAUGUUUAGGUCUCGCAACUUUCGCUCAUGUAAAUUUCUUUAUGCAUCAUUCCAUUUAUGGGGUUCUGAGUUCAAUCAAUACACAUAAUGAUAUGACGACGUUUUUCAUUGAGAUCACAUGUAGCAGUCGCAACUAAAUCGAAUAAACUUCUUUUCGCUCA